AACAAAGCUUUUUUUAAUUUUAUUAAAAUGCCUCGUCUUUGGUUAGCCAAUAUUUUUUCUAAAAUUGGUUUAAAUAUCGGGAAAUAUCCAUUUACGAGUAUUCUAAUAUUUAUUUUAACAACUUUAUUACCUUUGAUUUUUGGAAUAUUUUUUGGAGUAAAACCAGAACUUUCCUUAAAUGAUGGAUUUGUAUCUUUUAAUUCUCCUUCAAAAAAAGAAUUGUUGGCACAAAAAUAUUUUUUUGGAGAAACAGAAAAAUCAAAAGAAUGGUAUAUGGCUUUGUUUGGUAUUGCAAAUAAUGAAAUAAAUGGAGAUAAAGGGGGGAAUAUGUUGGAAGAGUCUAACUAUAAAGAAUUUAACUCUUUUUAUCAAAAAAUUUUUAAUAACUUGACAAUUAAGGAUUUUAAAAAUUUAACUUACUCACAAAUUUGUAAUCCUUUUUGUGAUAUUAAUGAUCAAUUUCUUAAAUUAAUGGAAUAUUCUACUUCGUGGCUAUCUUCUUUAGGUCAAGUUAAAUUUAGUUAUCCAAUUAGUAAAGUUCUUGGUUAUGAUGUUAAUAUUGGUAAAGUAAGUAUAUAUUUAUAUACCGUAUUUAGUCGAUUAAUUCCCCUGGGAAAUUGUUUUUUCAACCCAUCCGUGGCAUGGGGAAUUAUUCAAGGGAGGGGAAUUAUUCGAGAUUUGAAAUUUGAACGUGUAGUAGGGUAUUUGUGGGAGGGGGAUUAUUGUUUCAACUCAUCCGUAGCAGGUGGAAUUAUUCGAGAGAGGAGAAUUAAUGGACAUAUAUUUAAUCGUUCAAUUAAUGAAAAAGGAGAAAUAAUUAAUGCUACAAUGAUUGCCUUAUAUUUUAGCACAUUUAUUAAUGAUAAUUCAACAAAAUUGUUUUUAAAUAAAUUUGAAGAAAAAGUUGCAGAAGAAGCUGAAAUAUUUAAUAAUUUAAAUAAAAAUAAUAUAAAAAUUAUUGUUCAUGGAUCUAAUGUUGUACAAAAAGAAAUUGAAAGGGGAAUAAUAAAUGAUGGAAAGAUUGCCGUUAUUUCAUUUUUAAUUUCAAUAUUCUUUUUUAUUUUAAUCCAUUCAAUAUCUGGAUAUAUUUAUUCACAAUUUACUUUAAAUAGAACAUUAAUUUCUUUAUUGUGUAUUCCCUCUAUUAUUUUAAUUUUAUUGGCUGUUUUUGGAGGAAUUUCUUUAUUUGGAUUUCCAAUUAAUUUAUUACAUUUUAGUACUCCUUUAAUUGGAUUAACUAUUUUAAAUAUUGCUCAUGGUACUUUCCAAUUGGGAGAUAUUUGGUGUAAAUUGUUAAAUGAAUCCAAAGAAAGGCAAUAUUCUUCUAAUGAAAGAUUGGCUAAAGUUUUUGAAAAAAUUUGCCCUUCAAUGUUCUACUCUUCUCUUUGGCCAAUUUCAGCAUUUUCAAUUCUUUCCUUAACAUUAACAGCAUUAAACUACAAAUCUUUAUUUUUGGCAAUAACCCUUUUAUUUAUUUAUUGUUUUUUAUUUAAAUUAUUAUUUUUUUCUCCUUUAUUGGCUUAUUAUUGUCAUCAUUCCGUUGAACAUUCCCUUUUAGAGAAUAGUCCUUAUUCUUUAUUUAAUUUAAAUUCAAAAGAAAUAAAUACUAAAAAUAAUUUAUUGCCGCCAACAAUUCAACAAUUACGUUCUAAAAAAGAAAAUAAAUUAAAUAAAAAUAAAUUAAAAUUAUUUAAAAAUUCAACAAAAAUAUUUGUUAAUGGAGAAAAAAUAUUUUCAAAUUUUUUAAUUAAUUCAAUUAAUGGACGUUGUUUUAUUUUACUAAUAACAAUUUUAUUUUUAUUUUUGUCUUUUUGGAAAGGAAUUCAUUCAAUUCAAAAUAAUAUGGAUUAUAGAGAAAUAUUACCUAAAGAAUCUAAAGCAAUUAAAGGUUUUGAUAUUAUGGAUUUAAUUUGGAAUGAUUUUUUACAAAUUUUGUCUAUUAUACAAAAACCACCUAAUUUUGAAGAUUCUGAACAAUUUGGAGAAUUUAAAGAAUUCCUUCAUGAAGCUACUUCAUUAAAUCAAACUCUACAGCCUUCCGCGCAUAUGUCCUGGCUUUUUGAUUAUUAUAAAGACAAAUUUAACGAAAAUAUUUUACAAAAUAUUAAAAUUAAUUUUGUAAAUAUGUCUAAAUUUGACUCAUUUAUUAAUAACUUCCCAUAUAAUGCUUGGAAAAGUGGAGUUCGUUAUAAAAUAUUUUUUGAUGAAAAUAAAAAUAAAAGUUCUGUAAUAAUUAAUAAAAUGUUAAUUUUAUUUGCUUAUGGAAAUACAAAAGGUUUAUCUGGUAAAAGAAAAUUAAUUAAUGAAUGCCGUUCUGUUGCUAAACGAUAUCCACAAUUUAAAAUAAAUAUAUUUGACACUGAUUUAAAAACUACAGAUUUAAUGAAUUUAAUUGAAAUAAUUAUUUUUAGGUAA